UCAUGUGAUGUGAUCAGCUGUGUCCAAUCACAGCUGAUCACUGAUGAUCAGUGUGCCCUGAUGAUCAGUGUGGCCCCAGAAGGGCCACCUGUCAGUGUGCAUCAGUGCCAGCAGUCAGUGCCACCUGCUAGUGCCCAUCAGUGCCACAUCAUAGUGCACAUCAAUGCCACAUAUCAGUGCCCAUCUGAGCUGCCUUUCAAUGUCACCCAUCAGUGCCAGUCAGUGCCACCUAUCAGUGCUGCCAAUCAGUGCCACCUAUCAGUGCCAGUCAGUGUUGCCUAUCAGUGUGCGUCAGUGCCGCAUAUCAGUGCCAGUCAGUGCCGCCUAUCAGUGCCAGUCAGUGCCGCCUAACAG